AUGGUCACAGGCACACAUGGUGUGAGAAAAAGAGAUUUUGGAAAGGGACCUCCAGUCGAAGCUUUUCUGAGGCUGAUGAAUGGCACUAACUCUUGUUCUGGACGAGUGGAGGUUCUUCAUGACGGUCGGUGGAGAACAGUGUGUGAUAAUGGCUGGGAUCUAACAGAUGCUGCAGUGGUGUGUAAAGAACUGCAUUGUGGGAAAGUGAUUGAGGCAAAGAGUGCUGCUUAUUUUGGACAAGGUGUAGGACCAGUAUGGAUAGAUGAUACACAGUGUGCUGGGAGUGAGGCUUCACUGGUGAACUGCACAUCUACACAAUGGGGAAUACAGAGCUGUGAACAUUUAAAAGAUGCUGGAGUCACCUGUAACACUUUUCUGAGGCUGAUGAAUGGUGUUGGCUUUUGUUCUGGACGAGUGGAGGUUCUCUAUAAUGGAAUAUGGGGAACAGUGUGUGAUGAUGGCUGGGAUCUAACAGACGCUGCAGUGGUGUGUAGAGAGAUUGGCUGUGGGAAUGUGAUCGAGGCAAAGAGUGUUGCUUAUUUUGGACAAGGAUCAGGACAAAUAUGGAUGGGUGUAAACUGUGCUGGCACUGAGUCCUCACUGAUGAACUGCAGGACACCUGGAUGGGGAACACAUAACUGUGGACAUCAUGAAGAUGCUGGAGUCAUCUGCAACUCAGCUGUCAGGUUGGUGAAUGGCAUCAACUCUUGUUCUGGACGAGUGGAGGUUCUUCAUGACGGUCGGUGGGGAACAGUGUGUGAUGAUGGCUGGGAUCUAACAGAUGCUGCAGUGGUGUGUAGAGAGGUGGGCUGUGGGAAUGUGAUCGAGGCAAAGAGUGUUGCUUCUUUCAGCCAGGGAUCAGGAACGAUAUGGAUGGAUGAUGUACAAUGUACUGGAAAUGAAUUUACCUUGAAAAACUGUUCAUCAAAUGGCUGGGGGAUACACAACUGUAACCAUCAACAAGAUGCUGGGGUCACCUGCCAAUAUGUGAAGCUGGUCAGUGGUUCCAGUGAGUGUGAUGGCAGAGUUCAGAUUCGGUAUAAUAAGCAGUGGGGCGCAGUGUGUCACUCGGGCUGGGAUCUAGCAGAUGCUACAGUGUUGUGUCGAGAGCUGGAUUGUGGAGACAUUGCAGAGCCGAAGGCAUAUGUGGGAACUUCUGGGCAAAUAUGGGUGGAUCAACUGGCCUGUACAGGAAAUGAGUUGACAGUGCAGGACUGUCCUUUUACUGGAUGGGAAACUCUGAGAAAAGUUGUGGUGAGGAUUUUGGUGAAAGCCAAGACUGGUGUCAAUUUCAAUGAUGCACAAAUCAAGAAUAACCUUUUGGAAAAGGAAUCACGAGAUCGCAAUCACCUGCAUUCUAAUCACCAACACCUGCGCACCCUCAUCAGCACUCCCAUAAAGCACUCACACUCUCUGGCAUUCAUCGUCCGGUCUACGGUUCACACCCUGAACACAGACCAGGCUCCUCUUUUCCCGUAA